GACUGGAGCAGGGCACAGAAUGGCAGGGGAGGUCUCUCUGAGGUGCUGUGCAGUGUCGCAGAUUCACUACAGAUAUGAGUGGCUGGCUGCUUUGCUGCUCCUGUGCCCCAGUACUUGCUACCCUGUGAUUUCAGAUAACGAACAUAAGUGAGUUACAAAACGUGUGGUAAGAAACCAAAAGCAACCUGCCUUUAUUGAGUUCUCAAGAAUAUAAUCGACCCCUUGGUACAUUAUCAAGAUGCAUUAGGAAACUGGAUAUAGUGCCAAAAGGAACUCCAUGCGUUUCCAUGACUCUCUUGAACCCUGACUCAGAUACUUUUGGAUAUAUAUUUCUAUUCUAAGGAGAAGAGUGCGUACUCCAAUUCCUUUCUGCCAGCUUGCUGGCAGAGAUAUUUCACUAAGAUCAUGGACCAUCCUAAUAGGGAAAAGGAUGAAAGGCAGCGGACAACGAAAGGAAUGCCGGGAAGGAGCGGGCAUGGUUCUCGACCAAGCUCAUCGGCGUCUUCUGGCGUUCUUAUGGUGGGACCCAACUUCAGAGUGGGCAAGAAGAUUGGGUGUGGGAACUUUGGAGAACUCAGACUAGGUAAAAAUCUCUACACCAAUGAAUAUGUAGCGAUCAAACUGGAACCAAUAAAGUCACGUGCACCACAGCUUCAUUUAGAAUACAGGUUUUAUAAACAACUUGGAAGUGCGGCUGAAGGGCUUCCCCAGGUGUAUUACUUCGGACCAUGUGGAAAGUACAAUGCCAUGGUACUAGAGCUGCUUGGUCCUAGCUUGGAAGAUUUAUUUGACCUCUGUGAUAGAACGUUCACUUUGAAGACGGUAUUAAUGAUAGCCAUCCAGCUGAUAUCUCGAAUGGAGUACGUGCAUUCGAAGAACCUCAUCUACCGAGAUGUCAAGCCAGAAAACUUCCUUAUUGGCCGGCAAGGCAAUAAGAAAGAGCACGUCAUUCACAUCAUAGACUUUGGAUUGGCGAAGGAGUACAUUGACCCGGAAACCAAAAAACACAUACCUUACAGGGAACACAAGAGCUUAACUGGAACAGCGCGAUACAUGUCCAUCAACACCCAUCUUGGCAAAGAACAAAGUCGUCGAGACGACUUGGAAGCCCUCGGCCAUAUGUUUAUGUAUUUCCUCCGAGGCAGUCUGCCCUGGCAAGGAUUGAAGGCUGACACCUUAAAAGAGAGGUAUCAGAAGAUUGGGGACACAAAGAGAAACACUCCGGUGGAAGUUCUCUGUGAGAACUUUCCAGAGGAGAUGGCCACGUACCUCCGUUAUGUUCGGCGAUUAGACUUCUUUGAGAGACCAGACUACGAUUAUUUAAGAACCAUCUUCACAGAGCUGUUUGAAAAGAAAGGCUACACCUUUGACUACGCCUAUGACUGGGUCGGCAGGCCAAUUCCUACUCCAGUAGGAUCUGUUCACGUAGAUUCUGGGACGUCCGCAAUAACAAGAGACAGCCAUGUCCAUAGGGAUCGACCAUCGCAGCAGGCCCUUCGCAAUCAGGCAUCAUCAGAUCGCCGAGGGGAGUGGGAGAUCCAGCCAAGCCGGCAGACUAAUACGUCGUACUUGACAUCUCAUUUGGCUGCAGAUCGGCACGGAGGAUCAGUACAGGUGGUUAGCUCGACCAACGGGGAGCUGAACGUGGAUGACCCGACGGGGGCACACUCCAAUGCGCCAAUAACAGCACAGGCGGAGGUGGAGGUGGUGGAGGAAGCUAACUGCCUGAAAAUGCUCAACUUGUGGUGCUGCUGCUUCUUUAAGAGGAAACGGAAGAAGACGGCUCAGCGUCACAAGUGACCGGUGCCUCCUGGGCCUUGCAGGAACCACCACGCCUGCAGCUCCUGCCCUGUCUCACUGGAAGGGGCUUCUCUUUAGGGGGGAGGAGGAGGCAUAGGAGGAAGAGAGAAAAAAAAAAAAAGUGACAUUUUAAACCAAAAAGAGAAGAAAACGUUCCAAAACAAACCACUCUGAGGUGGAUCUGCUGAAUGGUCUCCCUCGUUCACUCCAAGCCUGAAGCUCCUUUUGGGACCAGGACUGUGGCUGGCUCAGGUCUUGGUCGCCCUGGGAGGGGGGCUGGCUGGCUGACCCUCCUUCCCGUUGUUUACGGCGAAGGCAUCGUUCACACAAACCUGAGGACUGUGCUUAGUUCCUGCUCACUUUCCUCCCCUCCCUCCCCUGCGCUCUCUGCUCCUCCGUCCUCCUCCCUCCUUAAUUACGUGAAGAAAUACCGUAGGCUCGAUUGGCUGUCGAGAGGGCAGGAGGAUGCAGUGCAGGCAGGAGAGUUGUGUGGGAGAAGGGCCUGACUGCUGCAGCAGUAAGAGACCAGUUCCCUUUUUGGCUCCUUGGGAACAGUUACACUGUAAUGUGCAAGCUGUGAGAAAUUUGCAAUCUACUGUUCCAGUUAGGCUUUUUUUCCGGCUCCCUUGACACCUCCCUCCUCUGACGGUAACAGAGCAAUGUGGAUUGUUUUAAAGAA